CAUAUUAGUUCCAGGCCACUACUGCUACUAAAGAGAGUAUCAGGACAUCUCCGACUAUGAUACCUAUCGAGGCAGCUACUGCUGCUCAUGAGAGUAUCACAACAUCUCCGACUAUGGUGGUCGAUCCUUCUACUAAGGUUCUAACGGAAGGAGAAGUAGGACAAUCCGAGGAGGAGCUUAUAGCAGCAACAUGUGAGAGGAUAGAGGAUAGCAACGAUGAUAUUAUCAUUUCUGAGAGAAUUUAGGACUGAGGAGGAGGCAAAGUAUAUGUACUCUAUCACACCGGAAGCAUGGAAGGCAACCCUAAAAACUCCAGAGUUUGAUAGGUCAAAACACCACCCAUUUGGCGAAUCAGUGUACGUUCUACCAAAGACUCUGUCGACAAAACUCGACGAUACGGCUCUGCAAGUGGUU